AUGUAGUAUAGGCUGUGCAGCUGAAGCGCUCAAGCCUUAUCUGUGACCAUGACUUGUAUUCCAUCAGUCACAAUCUUGAUCCCCGUUUUACCGCCUGGUCAAUGAUACAUUACGCCUCAGAUCGCACAUCUGCAUUUACCCAGCCAGCUACUCCUCGAACGCACCCAACUUCUGGUCUAUUCUGUCAACACUAAUCGAUCAAGCGGUGAAUCGUCACAACCUGAUGUUGUCAGUCCAACCGUCGUCGAUGUAUGCUCUCCCUCAUCAGUGGAACUGUCCGAAAACCUUUGACUCAGUUUCUCAACUCGCCGCCCGUACAUAUCCCCCGCAACGCCAGAAUUUUAACAUUUUGAUGGCAGUACACACCAGAAUACUGGGAAGGCAUUGUUCUCGCGUUCGCUUGAUACGAGUAGGGAUGCUCGCCUUUGCGGUUCUCAAUUUCCUCGCCUAUGCCGUGUGGUGGAACAAGUCUCUCGAUGUGCAAUGUCCACAUCCACUGUACUGGAAGUCGACCGAGUCAAGGCCAGAGGAUCACAUUGACCAGUAUGUAUGUAUGCGCCUCAACAAUCGCACCGCCGCUGAUGAUGUCUGCCUUAGUGUCGACGAAGAAGGCGAAUUCGCUCCUCUUGGGAUCUUGGCUCCAGUCUUCAGCCCAAUUUCAGAACUGAUAGGUUCGCUUGACAUUCCCACAUCUCGAAAGCUCCGAGUUCGUGCCAUAGACUAGUUUGGUGUUACACUUGUAGUUCUUGGUCGUGGACCAGAGAUAAGCCUUUUUCCAUCCGGGGUCCAAGCCAGGCACGUCACCGAAUUUGUGUGUCCUUUGAGAGUGGCGACAAGUUUGCCUGUCUUAUCGGGAGUCAGCCCGUCGAAUCCACCAGUUGCACCUGCCUUCGCACCCCAGAUUUUGACUGGGUGCUCAGUUUCAGGAGUUGGCCCGUCGUAUCC